AUGGCACGUACCAAGCAAACGGCUCGCAAGUCCACUGGUGGCAAGGCGCCCCGCAAGCAGCUUGCUACAAAGGCAGCUUGUAAGUCUGCUCCAGCCACUGGAGGUGUCAAGAAACCCCACCGCUGCAGGCCUGGAACCGUUGCUCUCCGUGAGAUCCGCUGUUAUCAGAAGAGCACUGAGCUGCUUAUCAGGAAACCGCUUUUCCAGCGCCUGGUGCGUGAAAUUGCUCAGGAUUUCAAGACUGACCUCCGCUUCCAGUCCUCUGCUGUCAUGGCUCUCCAGGAAGCUUCCGAGGCUUACCUCGUGGGUCUGUUUGAGGAUACCAACCUGUGCGCCAUCCAUGCCAAGCGCGUGACUAUCAUGCCAAAGGACAUCCAACUGGCUCGUCGCAUCCGUGGCGAGCGUGCCUAAGAAGUCAUCCACGAAUGAUCUUCAUAACAGCAAUAUCUAGGCCCUUUUUAGGGCCAAAA